UCAAUCCAUAACAGACCCCUUACCCCUCACCAGAUUGAGACCCUGGGGAUGCCCCUGGUGAGACCCAUGGAGACUGGCAGCAGCAAGGCCGGGCCCUCCCACACCUGUCCUCUGCCCUCACAGCCAGCACCAUGGAGAUCGUGUAUGUGUACCUCAAGAAGCGCAGCGAGUUCGGAAAGCAAUGCAACUUCUCAGACCGCCAGGCUGAGCUGAACAUCGACAUCCAGCCCAACCCCGAACUGGCUGAGCAGUUCGUGGAGCGGAACCCUGUGGACACGGGUAUCCAGUGCUCCACCAGCAUGUCGGAGCAUGAGGCCAACACAGAGCGGUUCGAGAUGGAGACUAGGGGGGUUAACCACGUCGAGGGGGGCUGGCCCAAGGAUGUGAACCCCCUGGAACUGGAGCAGACGAUCCGCUUCCGGAAGAAAGUGGAGAAGGAUGAGAAUUACAUUAACGCCAUCACGCAGCUCGGCUCGAUCAUGGAGCACUGUAUCAAGCAGAACAAUGCCAUCGACAUCUAUGAGGAGUACUUCGAUGAUGAGGACCCGGUGGAGGUGACAGAGGAGGCCCCUUCCGCUAAAACUAUCAAUGUUUUCAGGGAUCCCCAGGAAAUCAAACGGGCAGCCACGCAUCUCUCCUGGCACCCCGAUGGCAACCGGAAGUUGGCGGUGGCAUAUUCUUGCUUGGAUUUUCAGCGGGCACCUGUAGGCAUGAGCUUUGAUUCGUACAUCUGGGACAUGGAAAACCCCAACAAACCUGAAAUUGCCUUGAGGCCAUCUUCGCCCCUGGUCACCUUGGAGUACAACCCCAAGGACUCCCACGUCCUCCUGGGAGGUUGCUACAAUGGGCAGAUUGCCUGCUGGGACACCCGGAAGGGCAGCCUGGUGGCGGAGCUGUCCACCAUCGAGUUCAGCCACCGGGACCCUGUGUACGGCACCAUCUGGUUGCAGUCGAAGACGGGUACUGAGUGCUUCUCAGCCUCCACAGACGGGCAGGUCAUGUGGUGGGACAUCCGCAAGCUAAGCGAGCCCACUGAGGUGUUGAUCAUGGACAUCAGCAAAAAGGAGAUGCUGGAAAACGCCUUGGGCGCCAUCUCCCUGGAGUUCGAGUCGACCUUGCCAACCAAAUUCAUGGUGGGGACAGAGCAGGGCGUUGUCAUCUCCUGCAACCGCAAGGGCAAGACGCCCGCCGAGAAGAUUGUGUGCACCUUCUCUGGCCACCACGGCCCCAUCUACGCCCUGCAGAGAAACCCCUUCUACCCAAAGAACUUCCUUACCGUCGGGGACUGGACGGCCCGCAUCUGGUCUGAAGACAGCCGGGAGUCAUCCAUCAUGUGGACCAAGUACCACAUGGCUUACCUCACCGAUGGCGCCUGGAGCCCCUCAAGGCCGGCAGUUUUCUUCACCACCAAGAUGGAUGGAACCCUGGACAUCUGGGACUUUGUGUUCAAGCAGUGUGACCCAGCCCUCACCCUGAAGGUAUGUGAUGAAGCCCUCUUCUGCCUCCGGGUGCAGGACAACGGGUGCCUCAUUGCCUGUGGCUCCCGGCUGGGGACAACCACCCUGCUGGAGGUCUCGCACGGGCUCGCCACCCUCCAGAGGAAUGAGAAGAACAUAGCGUCUUCCGUAUUUGAACGUGAGACCCGAAGGGAGAAGAUCCUGGAGGCCAGGCACCGGGAGAUGCGGCUGAAAGAGAAGGGCAAGGCUGAGGGCAAGGAGGAGGAGCUGAGGGAGGAGGAGACUGCCACAGACCUGGAGGGGCUGGUCACCAAGGCUGAGGAGGAGUUCUUCGAGGUCAUCUUCUCGGAGCUGAAGAGGAAGGAGAAGGAUGCUAUGAAGAAGAAGCAGAAGCCUGUAGGGUCACAGCAGGGACCGUUGGGCCACAGCAGGGACUGUUGGGCUGGGGGUAGGGAGCCGUGGCUCCUGGGCUCCGCUCUGCUUGCUCACUUCCAGGAACGCCUUGAGCCUUGCUCAAACUUUGCAGGGUGGACCUUAAUUUGUCCAUCUGGCAAAUGGGAAAAAUUGUUGCAAUCCUCCAGAGGGAGCUUAAGUCUCCAAACAGACUUUAGCCUCCUUGAGGGCAGUUACCUCCCCAAGGCAAACCUGGAACAUGCACGCUGACCUACUGAGUGAGGAUUUUGGGGAUAAGUGAGCUAUUGGGUAUGAGCGAGCUUUGAGGUCCCCAGAACGCCAUGGGGUGUGUUGUCCUAGCUCCCCUAAGCCUGGUGUCAGGGAUGUGACUUGAUUUAGCUCAUCUGCCCAUGGCCCCAGCUUGUAGCUUAUCACCUGGGCUGGUCACUUAGCUUCUUGGUUCUUUAGUUUUCCAUCUGGAAAAUGAGAAGAUUGAGCUACAAAGAUGGUGUCUGCCUGCCUCCCAGACCCUCUUGUACCAGGGAACAGAGAAAGAAAGGACAGUGUCGGGAUGGGCCAUUGCCUUUAGGGGCCCGCAGACAUGAUGCCAAGAUGUGACAAGCAAAAAAACAGCAUGGAAAGGAAAAGAACAAGCGAGCGUACGCCAGUAUCUCUCCUUGUGAGCAGGGCUGGCCACAGAAUUAGCAGGGCCUAGUACAAAAUGAGACUGGGGGGGGCCUUAUUAAAAAAAAUUAUGAACAAUUUCAAGACGGAAAUAGCAGAGCAUUAAACCAAGCCUGGGGUCCUUCCAAGCGAGGGGCCAUGUGUGACUGUGCAGGGUACAUGUUUCCUGUGUUGGGCCCUGAAGCCUGUUAUUUCUGAUCUUAGUCUCAGCCAUGCCAGGUGUCAGGCCAGCCUUACAGCUGAGGUGCUGGGACUCAGGAAGGAGCUAGCCCAAG